CAGCAAGAAAAAAAGAUAAGUACUGAGAAAUUCGUAUUUUUAUUGCCAUUUUUAAUUGACUGAAAAUUCGUACGUCGAAUUUGACAUUCUUUUGCUUCUUGUCCCCCUUGUUCACACAUUCUACAAACACAAAAAUCAACAACAAUGAGAAUCACUCGCGCUCUUUUCCAGGCCACACAAAAGGUUACCACCGGAAUUGUUGGCCUCCCGGUCAACCCCAAUGCGCGCCCGCAGCUGCUCGGGCUUUAUAAGAAGACGCUUGAGGAGGUGAAGGCAAAGAUCCCAGAGGCUGCGAUCUACCGCCAGUCAGUCGAGGCAAUCACAACGCAGCGCCUGAAGAUUGUCGAGCAGAACGAGGAUACGGUAAAGAUUGAGGAGCUGAUUAACUGCGGGCAGAUCGAGGAGCUUAUUGACCAGGCUGAGGACGAGAUCAAGCUUGUUUCGCGGAUGGCUGAGUGGAAGGCAUGGGAGCCCCUGGAGGUGUCAAUCCCUCCUCGCCAGUGGGAGUACUUCAAGAAGGCUCCUGUGACCGAGUGAGGCGGCAGCGACAGUGCCUGCCCUUUGUUGCGAUCUGUUGCGUGGAGGGGGCUUCAGCAACGUCGACAUUGGCUGUUUCGAAUCUCCUGUCGCUCGGGCAUUCGUCUUGUCUUGUCCUGUUUUUGUUUUGACUUGUUUUCGUUUUGUUUCGUUUCUUGUCUU